GUCCGAGAAAACAUAUACCCGGUGCGGUAGCUUCGUGAAAAUUUAAGCAGUGUUCCUUUGAGCGGGAAAAUUCAUUAGGAGGAAUCCAAAAUUCGCCUGAAGAACUUCCCCGAUAUGAGUUUUAUAAUAGCUGACAGUUUUAUAAUCAGCUAGGAGUGGGCGUGUGGAAAACCUUCUAGUAUCUACUAACUAGAAAGGGCGAAUCAGCUUACUGUUAAGCCGCAAGCGCAUGUGCAGUUUUACUACCCUCAGUUUUACUAGUACACAUAUUAUCUCAUCGAAACGAGGUUACCAGGGUUGGUUGGUUGAAAAAAGAAGGUGUUAAGCCAUGUAAAGUGAUUUGCAGAAAAAAAUAGUGAAAAAUACUACAACACACAUCGAUUGCAUUGCCAAAUGACGGAGCAGCAGUAGGAAAAGUGCACAUUGUAAAGUGCUUGUAACUGUGUGGUGUGAGGUUGAUUACCUGAAGCUAAACCGGCUGCACUCAAUGCAAAACCCCCAAAGGCCCAAGAGAGAAAAAAAACUGCAUCGAAAGCGCCAUCAUUGAACCGAGUCUACAAAGUCUACCCCAAGAACUUCGAUACCACCUUAAGUUUGUUGAUGUUCUUGUUGUUGUUGUUGUAAGGAGAACUAUUAUAGGGGUUGGUUUUUCUUUGGCUUGGAACUGCACAACAGCGGUGAUGAAAUCGUCAAUGAGUUAGUCGAACUUGUUGGUUCUAUCAAUACGGACCAUUCUGAGUGUGAUUGCUCAAGUGCUGAGCGAGGUGUUACAAGAAAAAAAAAACAGUGUAUUACUGUUGAUCUUUGUGAUAAUUCUCCUGCUGAAAGCUGCAGUGCCAAAAAUUUAGUUCCAAAAUGAAUAAGUUUAUUGUUAUAUUUAGUACCCUGCUCGUCCUCGGAAGCAUCCGAAGCCCCGGCACAGAGGCCACCGUGGUGCGGUUAUUCACCGAUUUGCUGCAGAAUAACAUCGCCGGAGUGCCACUGAUUCACAAAACAGAGGAGUUCGAUUUCGAUCCGGAAGUUAGUCAGAAGCGACGGGAGCUAUACUACGAGCAACACGGAUUCCGCGGCGAGAAAGCCAUCGAACGGCUCGGUUUGGGCAUCGACGGCAAACACCGGGAACGGCUAGAACACCAAAGGCAACGGGACGAAGGCCAUCUGAAUGGAUUAAAUUAUCAGCAGCCAUAACCUGGUGGAGUGGAAUGUUAAAUUAAAACGUUCUAGUUAGUACCUUCUCAGUUUUUAAUGAUAUGAUUCGAGGAAUGUGUGUGUGAUUGUGGCCCGGGUUGGUUGGAUGGAAUUCGCGAAGAUAGAGAGCGUUUUUUCUUCCUUGCUUCCGAAGGAUGGGAUAGUUGUACUCAAAAGAUAUCGAGCUCGUUAUCGGUUUCAGAUUCUUGGAGAACCUAAGAUGAGUAAUGUGAUUUAAUUAACCCUGUGAAAUGACGUACCUGGAGGGGAGAUAUCGUAGCUGUUAAGUGGAUUUUUAU